ACCGUGGUGAUGGGACGACGAUGGAUGGAUAUUUGUGAUUAAUGUAAAGUGUCAUUAACAAUAUUUAUGGUUUCACGACCUUAGGUUUAUAAACGUAUACUUUUUGAUUCAGAGGGCGGGCCUCAGUUUCAACAAAUGUGUUAAGGAAACCAAACACGAAUUUUGGUUUUAGACCAUUUGAGGACUCCUAAAUUUCUAAGAUAGAUUUUAACUAAUCAUAUCAAUUGCACCAAAUGUUCUACACUAAAAGACACACCAACUCAAUUUUAUUAUCCAAACUAAAGCCAUUCAUCUAAAAUCAUACUCCAACACUGCACAUCCUUCAGCUAAUUCUCAAUACCCAAGAUUCGAAGGCUAAAGAAUGACACCAAUAACCAGAUUAUUGAACACCCAGCUACAAAACAUCUACAUUACUAAUCAUCCAAUUCUCUUUUAUGAAUCAAGCCCACGGUUCUACCACCGUGUACCGGAAAUCCCAACACAUCAACCUUGUCUUGGUCAGCUGAAUACUUCAACCUACAACAAACUGCUUUCAUGCAGGAGUGAUGCAGUCAAGAGUUAUGCAGGUAGACGGCGCAGGGCGAAUUACAUGGACACAGAUACUUAUGUGUACUUGGAACCAGGGAGAAGUGAGGAGUUUGUUUCUGAGGAAGAAUUGAAAGAUAAGCUUAAAGGGUGGCUAGAAAAUUGGCCAAACGAGACGUUACCACCCGACCUUGCUCGAUUCGAAACACUAGAUGAUGCAGUCUCAUUUCUUGUGAAAUCUGUAUGUGAGCUUGAAGUUGAUGGAGAUGUUGGUUCAAUCCAAUGGUAUGCAGUCCGUCUUGAGUAAAGUUGUCAUGUCGCGUUUCAUUAGAAGAUUCAAUAAAAUUGGAAUGAUACAGAGAAGAUUAGCAACUUUUCACAUUUGGUUGUAACUUUCAUUAUAAUUUUCAUGACAGUAUUUAGUACA